UUGGUAAACUGGAUCGGCGGGUUGGGUACUUCGACUCGGACUCGGUUUCCUUCUAAGACCCAUAAACCCAAUUACGCACAAACAAAGCUCAUUCGCUCUGCAGACUGGAAGAGCAGAGGCCUCCGAUCGCUCCUCACUGAAUUAUUUCUCAGCUCAUAGAAAGAAAAAGGUAUGGGUGUGUCUGAGAAGAAAUCUAGCGAGGCCGCAUUUGAUGUGCCAACCCUCAACGCUGAGAAUUUGCAAAGUAACAUGAAAGUUAUAUAUUACAGCCGAACAUUCAUGUCUAUCAUCGGUGGUGUCAUUGCUGGAAUUUUGGGGUUCACUGGCCUCACCGGAUUUAUUUUUUAUUUUCUUAUCAUGACCGUCACUUCAGUUGGACUCAUUGCCAAGACGGGGUUUACAGUUUAUUCAUAUUUUGAUAGCUGGAGCCAGAUUAUACUCGACGGCUUUCUGGGUGGGCUUUUGUCAUUCGUGCUGUUCUGGACAUUCGCAUAUGACCUUGUGCAUAUAUUCUGAGGGAUUAUCUGCUACGUCUCGAAUGAAAGGGGGCCUUUGGUGCUGCUAACUAUUUACUAUUUCAAGAAAGGUCUGAACCCGUUGCUGCUUCCUGCAAUGUAGUCUUUUGCUGCCGAUUUGAAACCAAACGAAUGUCGUCGUUGGCUUUGUCCACCGCUAUUUUUUUUCCGAUGAAUGCUGCUUAGCUGAAAGGAUAACAUACACAGGCUUGUUGGCGGUAUCCGGAGCUGUUUUGCUCUUUGGAUUACUGUCGCACAUGUUUUUUUCUUAACCAAUUUGAAUGUUGGACAGAGGUAAUGAAAUCAUUUUUUUAUAUA